CGUAAUAAUAUCCCAUCUGUUAUCCCCUAUCUUCUGUAUCGUCCGGUAAUUGUCACUAUGGGUUUAGGUUAAAAUCUGGUUUUCAUAUAAAAAAUAUUUACGCUCUGGCUGAUUUGUGAGAGGGAGACAACGGGAUUAAAAAAUGGAUUAUAGAGACGAGCAGGUUAAUGAAAUUGAGGCGCUCGAUUCCAUAUACUGUGGCGAUAUGGAAAUUAUAGCAAAGCAGCCCUUCUACAAAUUUUCAAUCCCAAUUAAAUCUGAAGAACAUGAACUAGAGACAAGCAAUGGUUUAGCUUGUCGACUAGAAUUUACUUACACAGCUAAAUAUCCUGAUGAGCCACUAGUCGUAGAUAUUGAGGAUCAAGAAAACUUUGAGGAUGGUGACGAACAGAUACUCAAAGACCACUUAGCGGAGCAAAUGAAUGAAAAUUUAGGCAUGGUUAUGGUUUUCACCCUCGUUAGUGCUGCGCAAGAAUGGCUCAAUGUUCAGUGGGACAAAAUAAAAAUGCAUAGGGAAGAAAGUGCUGCCUUGAAACUGAAAGAGGAAGAAGAGGCAGAAAGAAAAAGAUUUGAGGGAACAAGAGUUACUGUCGAGACGUUUCUAACCUGGAAAGAGAAGUUUGAUGAUGAAAUGGGAAUUACAAAACGACGUGAAAUUGCAGAGCGUGAAGGGAAAAAAUUGACUGGAAGAGAGCUCUUUAUGACAGAUAAAACAUUAGAUCAAUCUGAUUUGAAGUUCUUGGAAGACGGAGAUGCAGUCAAGGUGGAUGAAAGUCUGUUUCAAAACUUGGAAGAUCUUGAUUUGGACGAUGAUCCGGAUGAUCUGGAUUUUGACCCAAAUAAUUUGUCUGAUGACAGUGCCUAACAAUGUUGAUGGUAGCGAGUGAGCUAUUCUGACUGACUGACAGAGGCUCCUGGAGUCAUCAGCAACGAGGAAUUUAAACUCGUAAUGAACGAAUGCAAGAAGCAUGGACCACCAAAUGCACUCAUAUGCCUAAUACCGUUGAAGUGUUUUGUAACAAUUGUAAAUAGCUGGAUAUUUUAUGUUAACAAAGCUUAGUUUACCGGUACUUGAGAUACUUUGUAUUGUACUCUUAUUUCACCUAUUUAUCAUAAUAGUUUGAAGUAAGAACGUAAUAACAAUGUAGCAAUUUCGUAGACUUCAUAUAUGCUUUGUUACCCAGAAAAAAACCGUCCUAGAGUUCAAAUCUGUUAUUGAAUAAGAGCUUCAUCGACAGAUCGUGUUAGACUGAUCAAAUUAAAGUUUUCAGAAUUUUUUUAACAUCAGAUACGAGUGUGAAUUUCGUUUUAUUUAAAUAAACGUUCCCGUUUUCUCUCCCACAGUGUAUCGGAAUCCAACUUGUGGGUGUGCAGGGUAAUUGACCCAUAACAGUAAGAAAAUUUGAUGAGUAUCAAACCACAAACAACUCCGUGUCAUCUAUUGAACUUUUAUUUUGUAACAUUGGAUCGGUAGGGAGCAAGUAUAAGUAAUAAAAAAAUAUUUAUAUAAAUAAAUACGAUAAUGUCCA